AUGUCUAAAUAAGAAUUUAAAAAUUACUCAUCAUAGCAAUCAGCAUAAUCAUUUAAAUAAGAAUCUGAAUAUUCUAUGUACCAUAAAGUUGUUUUAGGAGAUGGUGUAUUUUAUAUAUCAAUAUAUUAGAUUCCAUCUAUUAGGGAGAAUGGUAAAACAAUUUAAGACAUGGUAAAGGAAUUCAAAUCUAUCCUAAUGGUAAUCUAAUUAAUCUAAAAAAGGUAUUAUUUUUGAAGGAAUUUGGGAAGAUCAUAAAAUAGUUGGAAAAGUUAUUAAGAUUGAUGGUGAGAUAAUAGACUGUGUUAUUGAGAAUAAUUAAAUUGUUUAGAGUUCAAAAAUCAUUUUGUAAGAAGACCUAGAACAUUUACUAAAUCUAAAAUUAGAAAAAAUUUACACUUCAGAAAUAAUCUCAUAAAUAAUACAAAACAAUUUAAACUUUUAACAAAUCACUUUAGAAGGAAUUGAAUAUCAAGGACAAAUACUCAAUGAUACCAAACAUGGAUUAGGAGUUGCUAAAUUUUAAGAUGGUAAUCAAGAUGGUUAAACAAAAUUAGGUUCUGUUUAUUAAGGUCAGUGGAAAAAUAAUAAAUAGCAUGGUUAUGGGAAGAAAAUCUAUUAAAAUGGGGAUAUCUAUAGUGGGUAUUGGUAUGAGGGGGAAAUAUAUGGCUAUGGAGAAUAUCAUUAUUAAUAAGGUGCGACUUAUGUUGGGUAUUGGAAAAAUAGUUUGAAACAUAUUUAUGGUAAGGAAUCAUGGAUUGAUGGAGCCUCUUAUGAGGGAGAAUACUAUGAAGGAAAGAAGAAUGGAAAGGGUAAGCUCAUUUUUCAAGAUGGAUCCUAUUAUGAAGGGGAAUUUGAAUUGGAUGACAUACAUGGAUAUGGAUAAUAUCAUUGGAUAGAUGGAAGAAACUAUGUUGGAGAUUGGGUCUAUAACAAGAUGUGGGGGAUAGGCAAGACAACAUGGGCUGAUGGUAGAUCAUAUGAAGGAGGGUACUUUUAUAGAAUUACAAUAGUUAUAUGGAUGAUAAAAAAUAAGGAUUAGGAACAUUUAUUUGGAAUGAUGGUAGAAAAUACAUUGGAGAAUGGAAAUAAGGGAAAUAACAUGGCAUUGGAUUAUAUUAGGCUCCUUCUGGUGAAUAUAGAUAUGGAGAGUGGGCAGAAGGAAAAAGAGUCAAAUGGUUGGAUUUAUAGGAAGAUAAGGAAAUAAUAGAUAAUUUUUUGAAUAAGAAUGCUGAGAUCGAACAUAAAAAUGGAUCAUUUUACAAUAGCCAUAUAUCUGAUUCAUCUCUGAAUGGAAGCGAUAGAUCUCAUGGCAAAAAAGUUUAUUAGUUAACAUUAUCAGACAGUAAAUAUUAAGUGAAUGAUUAGAGAGUGUUUAUAUAGGAGAAUUGUUUAAGUAGAAGAGGGAAGGAUGGGGGAAAUUGAUAUGGAAAGAUGGUAAAUUAUUCAAUGAUAAAAUUAUUUAGGGUCAAUUUAUGAUGGAGAGUGGAAAGAUGAUGAAUGUAAUGGCUUUGGAAGAUAUAUUAGUUGCGAAGGUGAUGUUUAUGAAGGAGAAUGGAAACAUGAUAAGGCUAAUGGACAUGGUAUAUUUACAAACAGCGACGGUGUUGUUUAUGAAGGUAAUUGGAAGAAUGAUAAAUAAAAUGGUUAUGGCAAAUAAACAUGGCCUGAUGGACUCUAUUAUGAAGGAUAAUUUUUGGAGGGUAAGAAAUAAGGAUUUGGAAAGAUGAUAUAUCCAGAUGGGUCUUAUUAUUAAGGAACUUUUGUAAAUAACUAAAUAGAUGGGGAAGGUUUGCAAGUAAAUAUAGAUGGAACUAGAUACGAAGGUUCUGUUAAAAAUGGGAUGAGACAUGGAAGAGGAACUCUGAUAAGUCCAGAUGGAAACAUAUUUAUUGGAAAGUAAAAUGAAAAUUAUGUAAGUUUAGUUUUGAAUUAGACAAACAAGUUGGAGAAGGAAGGGUGGAAUACCAUAAUGGUAAAUUAUUUUUUGGAGAAUGGGUGAAUGGGGAGCGUCAUGGUAAAGGAAAAUACAUUUACAAGGAUGGCAGAGUCGUUGAUUGUAUGUGGUAUAAAGGAAUGAAGAUAGAAAAAUGA